UGUGUCGGCCAGCGAAGCUUAAGUGGACUUGUUUAUUUCGAAAUAAUUUCCUUUUGAAAAAGUCAAAAUUAUUAGUGAAAAAAAGUUUGAAUUGUAUUUCUGCACAUCUAAGUACACUCUAUUGGAUUCUAGGAUGUGGUUUUGAAGCAAACUUGCCGAUAUUAUACACAGUGAAAUUCCCAGAUAUCACAGCUGCAAUGGCGAGUCGCAAGUACCUAGUGAUGAAGAUCGCAACGCUCAUUGGCCUCUUUUUAAAGACGCUAACCACCGGUGUAUCUUGGUACUGGGGCAACAUUUCGGUAUACACCGACUCUUACUACAGGGCGACGUUCGGCCCGGACUCUGGGUUCGGAACACCCUGGGUCAUGUCCACCUUUAUGAUAGGCUUCGCCGUGGGUCUGCUCAUCACGCAAAAGGUGGCCACGAGGAUUGGACGGACGUGGACUAACAUCGUUAGUUUAAUUCUAUUCGAAAUCGGGAUCUUUGCAAGCUAUUUUGCUAUUAAUACUUCAGUGACAGCCAUUGCGGCAACUAUCGGAGCGGUGGCCGGUGUCGGAUCAGGGAUCACAGAAGGACAACUCUUGUACUAUGUUCUGGCUUGGAGCGACAAACACGUAGGCCUCAUCUCUGCCCUGGUCUCUUCAAGCUACAGCGGCGGAUCAGUCUUAAUAAACCAGUUGGUAACCUUGUAUGUCAACCCCCAGAACGAGACACCCGAUCUGGUCGAUGGGAACAAAGUCUAUUUCAUUCAGCCGGCCAUCUUGAACAGGGUGCCUAGUCUUUUCCUGUUACUCGGAGCUGUCUCUUUUGGCGCCCAGUUCGUAGGAGUGUUGUUAAUAAGAGAUAACCCCUUCAAGGACAAAACCAAAGAAUUGAGGCAAAAUAAAGACAGCGGCUCUAACACCCCAACUGAUAGUUCAUUCACAGACGAGACUAAACCCAUUAUCGCUGCUACCACCAAAGAAAAUGGGCAUUUGACGCAUCCGCAAAGCUACACUGAUAACUCCACAACCACAAUGCGACGACUAGUCAGCUCUGCUACAAGUGAGCCCUUGAACUCUGAGCUACCAGGGGAGCGCCAAACAUCCAAUGGGUUUAACAGUCUAGCAGUUGACCAAUGUGUGGGCGCAAGUGCAAUCGUAGCAAAAGAUGAUUCAUGUUGUGGGGACUCGCAAAGUUCCACACAGAGCGUCAGUGUUGAUUUGACAAAUCCGUCCAAAUGUUUGCCUGAAAACGAUAAUAAAGAUUUAUCCCCACUACAGCUGCUUAAAGUGCCAUCUUUCUACGCCAUGUGGCUCUCCACAGUAGCCACAGAUUACAGCUAUAUCAUUAUAACCAAUUUUUACAAAACUUUCGGACAGACAAUGAUCAAAGACGACCAUUUCUUGACCAGCGUCGCCAUGGUGACUUCCGUCGUCUCGACCUUUAGUGAGAUUUUCUGGGGAGCCAGUCUAGACCGAUUUAAACUGAAGUAUUGCCUCAUUCUCUACCUUGCAUCACAGGCAGUGGUUGGCUCUUUCUGGUACUUCACCGCCAUAGCUGGCAAGUACGUCUACAUGCUCAGUACUUUAAUCCUUGGUUGCAUGAAUGCCGGCAUGUACGAGGUAUUUUUUGUCGGCACGCUGAAACUCUUCGGAGAAACUCACUUCUCCUUGAAUUAUGGCGUUGUUUACUCCGGAAGUGUACUUGUUAAUAUGGCUGCGCCUCCAAUCAUUGACUUUAUAGUACAAAGUUUUGAUUGGUUUUAUCUGUUUUUCAGUUUCAGCAUUUUUAACACGCUGGCUCUGGUGGUCGUUGUUAUCACGUUGCCGUAUAAAUAGACAUGGACACACCGACUACAGUAAAACAAUGUUAGACUUAAAACUUUUUUUCCUGUGGACAUAAAAAACAUUUUGACUUACG